AUGGUUGAUGAGAAGAAACCAGCUCCCAAGAAGGGAGGCAAGAAAGCCUUAAAGAAACCGGGAGCAAAGGGCGGCAAGAAGCGGCGGAGGUCGAGGAAGGAGAGUUAUGCCAUCUACAUCUACAAAGCCAUGAGCAUCAUGAACUCGCUCGUGAGCGAUAUUUUCGAGCGCAUCGCGGGUGAGGCUUCCUGCCUGGCCCAUUACAACAAGUGCAGCACCAUCAGCUCCCGGGAGAUCCAGAUCGCCGUGCGCCUGCUCCCCGGGGAACUGGCCAAGCACGCCGUGUCGGAAGGGACAAAGGCGGUGACCAAGUACACUAGCUCCAAGUAA